AUGCUUCGAUCUGACAGACGUUAUGACCAGAUCAAGAUUCGCCGAAAGAAAAAUGUUAAGAAAGGUAUCCAAUUCUGUCUGAUGGUCUGUGGUGCCAGCGGAACAGGUCGGACCACUUUUGUCAACACACUCUGCGGAAAGAAAGUCCUCCAAGGGAAAGAUGCGGAUGAUGCCCAAAAUGCCCAUCUAGAAGAAGGAGUCCGUAUCAAACCAAUUACUGUUGAACUUGAACUGGACGAGGAGGGUACCCGCAUUUCACUAACCAUCGUUGAUACCCCGGGAUUCGGUGACCAAAUCGACAAUGAACAAAGUUUCUCGGAGAUCGUUGGAUAUCUCGAGCGUCAAUAUGAUGAUAUUCUUGCUGAAGAAUCUAGGAUCAAGCGUAACCCACGAUUCCGUGACAAUCGUGUCCACGCUCUAUUGUACUUCAUCACCCCGACUGGCCACGGCCUGCGAGAACUUGAUAUUGAAUUGAUGAAACGCCUUUCACCACGUGUCAACGUCAUCCCUGUCAUUGGCAAGGCCGACUCCCUAACACCUGCUGAACUAGCUGAAUCAAAGAAACUUGUCAUGGAGGAUAUCGAGCACUACCGCAUCCCGGUGUACAAUUUCCCCUAUGAUAUCGAAGAGGAUGACGAGGAUACCGUCGAGGAGAACGCUGAGCUGAGAGGAUUAAUGCCAUUUGCCAUAGUGGGCUCAGAGGAUGUUCUGGAAAUCGGCGGCCGCAAAGUUCGGGCGAGACAGUACCCGUGGGGUGUAGUUGAGGUCGAUAACCCCCGCCACUCCGACUUCUUGGCUAUUCGCAGUGCUCUCCUGCACAGCCAUCUUGCAGACUUGAAAGAAAUCACACACGACUUCCUCUAUGAGAACUAUCGUACCGAGAAACUUAGCAAGAGCGUGGAGGGUGGUGCUUCUACGAACCACGAUUCAUCCAUGAACCCCGAAGAUCUCGCUUCUCAAUCCGUCCGCCUGAAGGAAGAGCAGCUCCGUCGCGAGGAGGAGAAACUCCGCGAGAUCGAGAUCAAAGUGCAACGCGAGAUUGAACUUAAGCGACAAGAGCUUCUUGCUCGUGAGAGCCAGUUGAAGGAGAUUGAGGCUCGGAUCGAGCGCGAACACAACAGCCACCUCCACCACCAGGAUGAGUUGAAUGGCGAGGUUAACGCGUAA